AUGAACUUUUUAGUUGGUGGUGGCACGGGAUUAAUAGGUCGAUCACUUGUUUCAUCACUUCGAUCAACUGGACAUAAUGUACAAGUUAUCACACGCAGACCAAAGGAAAGAAAUGAUUUGAGCUGGGAUUCUAUCAAGAAGAAUGGUUUACCAAAAGAUGUAGAUGUUAUUGUAAACCUGAGUGGUCGAAACGUUGGUGAAGUUAACCCACUAUUUCUUAUCAAACAGAAUUAUGAUAAAUAUAUUGACGAAGCAUUUAUUAAUGCGUCAGAGAUUGGUUUCUACCCUCCUGAUCCGCAAAUCACAUAUGAUGAAUCUGCUCCAUUCAGAGACUGUGGCUUCAUCACAAAUCUUGUUAAGCGAUGGGAAGAUGCAGCUCAAAUACCCUCUAGACCUGAUAUUCGUCAAAUUCAACUGCGAAUAGGUGUAGUUCUUAGCCAAGACUCGAGUUUCAUUCGUACUUUUCACCGCAUUUAUCUUCUGGGGUUUUGUAAUCCGAUUGGUACUGGUCGUCAAUGGAUAUCUUGGAUUCAUUUAGAUGAUAUGGUUAGAAUAAUUGAAUACGUUGCUGACCCUAAACGAGUUUUUUCGAGCGGACCUGUCAAUUGUACAUCACCUAAAUCUGUUCAACAGGUUACUUUUGCUAAAGCCAUGUCUGAGUCACUUGGUGCUCCGAGUAAUAUCCUUUCUAAUGUUCCAGUCCCAUCGUUUCUUUUCACUUAUCUCCUUGGUCGUGAUCGUGCUUCAUUAGCUGUAGAUGGUCAGCAUGUGAUUCCUAAGAAGCUCCUCAAUGCAGGGUUCGAGUUCACUUACCCUGAUUUAGCAGAUGCUUUGGAAAAUAUUUUCGGUCGUCGACCCCGUUCAUAA